UGCAAUCUCUCACAAACCCCACUUCAGAAUACUUGCCCAAAGUAAUCUCAAAUAGUGCAUUUUAACCAAGUUAUAGCGAUGGAAAGUGGCAAGCUCAUGCGAACUUUGGUGGGUUUGGCUAUCGUGUUGGUGUUGAAUGCUGGAAAUUAUGGGGUUGAGGCGCAAGCGCAGCCUCAAGUCCCAUGUUUCUUCAUACUUGGGGAUUCGCUGCUGGACAACGGCAAUAACAACGGGAUCGCAGAUUCAUUGGCUAAAGCCAAUUACAGGCCUUACGGGAUCGACUUCCCUGCGGGUCCUACCGGGAGGUUCUCCAACGGGAAAACCGCAGUCGAUGUGAUCGCUCAGCUUCUGGGCUUCAGCGACUACAUCCCUCCAUACGCGACGACCACGGGGAAUGCUCUUCUCAAAGGAGUGAACUAUGCAUCUGCAGCUGCAGGAAUCAGAGAAGAAACCGGACGUCAACUGGGAGGUAGGAUUACCUUCUCGAGGCAGGUGCAGAACUACCGAAGCACGGUGUCGCAGCUGGUGAACAUCCUCGGAGGCGAGAGCGCGGCGGCAGAUCAUCUGAGCAAAUGUGUAUUCGUGGUGGGCAUGGGAAGCAACGACUACCUCAACAACUACUACAUGCCCCAGUUCUACACGAGUGGUCGCCAGUACUCGCCGGAGCAAUGGGCCAACAUUCUCAUUCAACUCUACGUCCAACAGCUAAGGAUUAUGUACAACAACGGUGCAAGAAAGGUGGCUCUGCUCGGGCUAGGCCAGAUCGGUUGCAGCCCGAGCGAGUUGGCUCGGAACAGCUCCGAUGGUUCCACCUGCGUUCAGAGCAUCAACGACGCCUGCCAAAUAUUCAACAACAAGCUCAAGUCCGUCGUCGAUGACUUCAACAAGAACUACGCAAACGCGAAAUUCACCUACAUCAACUCUUACAAUAUCUUCCAAGACUUGCUCACCAAACCCUCAUCUUAUGGUUUGAAGGUCCUUAAUACCGGAUGCUGUGGAGUAGGCAGGAACAAUGGCCAGAUCACAUGCCUCCCUCUUCAGAGCCCGUGCCAAAAUAGAAAGGAGUACCUCUUCUGGGAUGCUUUCCACCCAACCGAGGCUGCAAACAACAUUGUUGGGCGGAGGUCCUACAUGGCCGAGUCCAGCGCCGACGCUUACCCCUCCGACAUCCGCCGCCUCGCCAUGCUCUGAAAAUCCCGGAUAAAUUCAUCAGUUCCAUAUGCACUCUGAAGGCGGUUUUCAAAUUAGGUCAUAUUUAGCUGAAAUAGUCGUCGAGAUUUUCUUCUUCUAACUUCUUUUUCUCUAUCGGUAUAAUCGACAAUUGCAAGGAUGAAAAGAAGGCGAAGUUCCCUUUGCAGUUGUCUCUUUUAUUGAAUGUAAUAGUGUUUCCAGAGUCUGAAAAUGUAUGGCGUGAUGCAAUUAAGUUACGGUACUUGUUUAAUUCACUUCCAAUUUAAUGCUGUUACUUGAUGCACUUAA